CCGCGGGCUCUACUCGGCUCUUCCCGGCGCGCUCCGCCUUCGGCUGUUUCCGGAGCCACUGGCGGCGAGCGGCGGAGGCGCUAACCGCGCGGGCUGCAGAUGUCUGACCCGCAGGUCGCUGAGGGGCCGGGCGUCUGGAGCCCCGCAGCCCCCCGAGGGCCGGCGCGCGGCGUCGGGGACGGCCUGGGAGUGGAAGGGAGCCAGGCAGCCGCCUCAGACAAUGAAGAUCUAGAGGACACCAAGGCCGCCUCACUCGUGGCUUCUGCCUCUGAUCCAGAACCCCAUUCCUCACCCUACAGGCCGCAGAUGGUAUCUCCAGGGAGGGAGGAUGCCGAGGAAGGCCCGCAGAAGGCAGCUGGUGCCGUGGAGGCUCAGGCCAUGGUGGAACAGGAAUUGCUGCCUGCAGGCCAGGCCCAGGUCCUCAGCAAGAUGGCCAGGUACCACGGUCCGCAAAGGUCUGGGGACAUCGUUAUGAUCCAGUCGGAGCACACGGGAGCUAUAGAUAUUCUUUCAGCUGAUUUGGAAUCUGCAGACCUCCUGGGGGACCACAGGAAAGUCUCCCCACCUCUGAUGGCUCCUCCGUGCAUCUGGACCUUUGCCAAGAUGAAGGAAUUCAAAAGCAGGCUGGGUAAAGAGAAGAACAGCCGUCUGGUGGUGAAGCGGGGCGAGGUGGUGACCAUCCGGGUCCCUACCCAUCCGGAGGGGAAGCGUGUCUGCUGGGAGUUUGCCACCGAUGACUAUGACAUUGGCUUUGGCGUUUACUUUGACUGGACCCCCGUAACCAGCACUGACAUAACGGUGCAGGUCAGUGAUUCCAGUGAGGAUGAGGAUGAAGAUGAGGACGAGGAGGAGGAGAUUGAAGACCCUGUCCCAGCUGGAGAUGUGGAGAGAGGCUCCAGGAGCUCCCUGCGGGGCCGCUACGGGGAGGUCAUGCCCGUGUACCGGCGGGACAGCCACCGGGACGUGCAGGCCGGCAGCCACGACUACCCCGGCGAGGGCAUCUACCUGCUCAAGUUCGACAACUCCUACUCCCUGCUCCGCAACAAGACUCUCUACUUCCACGUCUACUACACUAGCUGAAGGCCCGCUGGCGCAGGAGGCAGGCGGGUGUUCGCGGGCUGGGGCAGGCUGCCGGCUGGGGCCUCUCGGUUGGGACAGGCAAGAGCUAAACGCUGAGCGGGAGGCUCCUGACCCUCAUGCCCUGCCUGGCAUGCCUGACAGUCGCCCCCACGUAGCUUUCCCCCUUCUUGGCUUCUGCAGAUGGUGGUGUAGUGCCCCUGUUCUGUGGUCCCCGACUCACGCUCUUCUUGCUUUCGACUCCAGCAGACUCUCCCGGUGGAGGAAACCAUCAGGCAAAAGCCUAGAAGGAAGUUGGGUGUUGAAACUAGGUUUGUUUUGGUACAAGGUGUAUUAUUCCAGUUGCUGCUCUCUCUGCUCCCAGAGCCUUUCCUGCAGAUGGGUUUAGUGGCACCCGCUCUCUUCACUUUUUGCAAGGGCUGGAAGAGGGCAAAGCACAGUGUCCAUGAAGGAGCCCAGUCUCCUGGAUGGAGAAAGCUCUGUCCAGCCGCUCACCACUGCCAUAUGCCCGCCUGCUGGUUCUUCAUGGUCUCAAGCCCAGGCCGGGAGCCCUCACUGCCUUUGGAGGGGUGUUAUUGGUCCUGACGGUCUGACUCUGCCUCCUUCCCUCUUCUCCUCCCUUUCCGAAGCCUGUCUUUGCCAUUUCAGCAAGAACUUCCAUGCAAUCCAAAGUGAUGGUCAGUGUAGUUGAACAUCCAGGAAGAAAACUGCCACUGUCACUUCCUAUUUCAAGAAAUAGUGUCCCUUUCCAAAGACACUGGUGGCCGAAGGGGAAAGGGUGGAAAUUUAGGUACUGGAUUCAUCUCGGAACCCACAUCUUUGAAAGUCAAGAAUUACUAAAUUUUUUUUUUUUUUUUUUUUUUUGGUAUGGUCAAAGAAGGAGAGAGAUGAUCUGAGAGAGGAGGUUACAAAACAAAACACUCCAGAUUCCCUACCACUGUUUUUUUUUUUUGGCCUUUAGAAAAGGGUCAUUAUUUAGAAAUUUUGCUUUGGAACCUGUUGAAUUUCCAAAAUUUUUGGAUUUCGCUUUCUAACAUUGAGGGCUUAAAGCUUUUGGUGUUCAAAAUCUCUUAGGGAAAAGAUAGUGAAGUUUCAUUGUUACUGCUGGAUGGAUUUGUUCUUUACCAGGCUGAAGUCAACUCGUCCCUGGUGGUGGCCUUUUCCACUCUGUUAACUCUGAGGACCAGGCAGGCAUGCAUUGGGCGCUGCAGCCAGCAUCACCAGAGUGCAGGGUGGCCGGGUCUCUGGCAGAGGAGGAAGCAGAGAAGCGACCACUGCAGUUGUCUGUAUUGCCUUCUUUCUUAGUCCUUGUGUCAAGCCUGUUACUGCCUUAGAAUCUUGAUGAAUAAUUAGAUUUAUUUAUUACUUUAUUUAUUUUUAAAGCACAUUUCAUUUCGCCUUUGAAACAGUUUCCGUCUGUUUCUCAGAAGGCUUCCAUCUGCUCUGAGCCAUUGAGGCCACCUCUUCUCUGGAGUUGAAGCUGAUGAUUUCAGGAGAUGUUGGGAAGUGAUUAUGUCCCAUUUCCACCGGUCGGUCCUGUGAUGCUUGGGAGGAAUCUGCCCCUUCUGAGAUGGACGGAUGAUGCCAGCUUACCCAAGCACUCCCUGUGAGGAGUUCUGGGUGGUGAGGGGAUCUGUCCAUUUGCCCGGGAUUGAGGGCAGGGGACUUGCCUAGCCAACCAGAGGUACCCUGUGAUUCCAGGACUUCAGGUCCUUUGCCUACUCUGAGGAGUCAACUUCUUCACGAUGUUUUCUUUAGGCUCGUUCCUUCCUUGCGUGGGUGCCUCACACCAAGCCUCCCCUCUGCUGAAGCAGAAGCUCAGAGAACAGGGCUCCUCACAGUCGGUCACGGUGGCAUCUCCGUUACGAACGAAGGGCGAUACAGCUGCCCCUUCUAUUCCUCUGGGAGCCAAGCCCCAAGUAGGAGAGGAUGCCGUGACCUGCCAUAGCAUCCCCAUCCUCAGAGUGGCCUCAUACCUCCACUGUUUUAUAUUCGAGUGCAUUUUUGUAGAGGAUUACACUGGCCCACAUUUAUAUACCUUGUAAGAAGUUAGAAAUUUGCUUAGUAACUGCCUAUUUGGGCAGUGAAAGCAACUUGCUCUGCGUUGUCCCAUCAGGUAGCUGAGUGACCACUCUUGUCAUCACUAAAGUUGAAUCAUGCCUUAGCUAAUUGAACAGAAUCUUUAUAAAGGAAUUUUCUACUGAGCUCGUCUCCAGUCAGCUUAAGCCUGGCUUGUUUUUCCUGUUUAUCGUUAACUUCUGACUUUCUCUUAAAAUGGAGCUGUCAGACCAUUGCAAGCUCCUUGGGAUAACACUUCUUGUUUAUUUUUGCCAUGAAAGUCUCUGUACAUAUUUUCUUUGGCAUCCUAGUUCUGUUGCAUCAGGGAAGCCUGAGGGACUUGUUCCCAUCACCUCUGUGUGCCUCUUACUGUCUGGUCACUUUUGAGUCCUGGACACGGUAACAUUUCAUUUGGUCCUGGUGUUUUAUUAACAGUCAGUGUUUCUUUGAUCCAUUCACCAAGAAAUAGCCAAAAGAAGACAUUCUCACUGUCUAAUUCAUUCACUAUCCUCUAUUAAAUAUCUAAAAUUACUGAACUUGAGGGACAAAAUAGUAUUUACUGAAGCACAGGUCAUUACCGAGACUUUCAUAAAAAUCUCAACAAAUCCUAAGAAGUAGUCACUUCCUUGGUCUCUCCCCGUCUGAGUUUACAGAACCAAACAAUGAAAUGAAAAUCAUUUGCUUACAUCCUCACCCUGUUCUCUUUAUUUUGGCCACGCCCAUGGCAUGAGAAGUUCCCUGGCCAGGGAUCUAACCUGAGCCACAGCAGCAGCCCCCAGCCACAGCAGUGACAACGCUGGAUGCGCCACCAGGGAACUCUGACUCUCACCCUGCUCUUUAGAGCACAAAUAAAUAUUAACAUAAAAUGGAAAGAAAAUAGUUCAUAGUAGGAAAAAGACUGGAAUUCUUUCCACAGAGUGGCUGAGUUCUUAAGUUUCUUUGGUUUGUUUAUGAGUUUUGCUGCUUUGUUGCGAGAUGGGGCUUUUAGAAAAGUCUAAAGUAUUCAUUUUUUCCUAAGAUUUUAUUUGGAAAAAUUUUUAGCAAACAGAAAACUUUUAAAGAAAUUUAUAAAAAAUAGCCUCAUGUAUACCUGUCCCAUAGAUUUUAAAAUUAUAAACCAUUAAUUUUUAAACAAAGAAGAUUCUGCCAUUCUCUUCCUUUUGACAAGUGUCCAGGUAGAGCACGUUCCUGCACAGACAUCAGCGCCCCUAUGUCAGAGAGCUCCUGGUUUUUUCGCAAACUUGCUUCAUUCAACACCAGUUACCUGCGGACGUGGUCCUCAUAAAAAUGUUUCUUGGUCUCCAUCUUUCAAAACUCAUGCUGUAUUUCCCCUCUCCCUCAGGCCACAAUUUCUAAGGUUUUCUUCUCUGCCUGGCCUGUCAGAUUGAGGGCGAUUGUAAAACUGCUCUGGAAGGAGUUUAUUCUGUUGCUUUAUGACACCUCCUCAGGACUCUGAAAUUAAAACUCAAUCCUCAGACAAGAUGUAGCUUUAAAAUGAAAGUAGGUAGCAACUUGAAAUCAGCCCAUUCUUUGUUUUGCACUUUAAAAAUAUUUUUAGCUGUUAUUUAGGAAAGAACAUUCUAGACUUUUAAAAAGUAUAUAUUGUCCCCUAUAAUAUGUAUGUGGAAGAGUUAAACAUGAAAACUCACUGUUUUAUCUUAAUCAGUGGGCUUAGAUAUUAUUGUAAAACAUUCUUUAUAGAAAAUAUCUCUGUGUAUGUCUUGUGGGUUUUGGGGGUCAUGCCUGUGGCAUGUGGAAAUUCCUGGGCCAGGGAUCAAACCCUCACCACUGCAGCAACCUGAGCCGCAGCGGUGACAAUGCUGGAUCUUUAACCUACUACGCUGCAAGGGAACUCUUUAUAUGUUUUUGAUGAGCCCUAUCCAAUCUGUUUUAGAAAGAACUAGGUAAAAUCCAAACCCUAAAGUCUGUAUUUUUAUGUUUAUUUUUAAGGCUACUUCUUUGCAAAAGGUUGCCGUUUAACCCCAGGUUCUAAGGUUCUAAGGUAUAGAGUUGAAUGACCCUAAUAUUUAUGUAAAAGCCUGUUGUUUUAAAGGAAGGGGCAUGAGUGAAAAGGUGCAGCUUGAGAACUGCCUUUUUACAUUGAUGGUAAGAAAUGAAAACAAUGAGAGGAAAAGAGAGAAGCCAUCAAAUGUAUCCCAGAAUUUUGCUCAUAUCCUAAUUUUGCGUUGGUCUUUAGUUUGCAUUUCAUUUGUUGGAUCUGUUCUUUAGGCCCGAAGCCUCACUGGUCCUCACUGUGCUUGUUGGAGGCACAAACCCACUUUGCCACCUUUUCCAACAGCAUUAACUUCAGAAACAUUUUUGAGUAGGUCUCCUCUGCUGAGUAUAAUCCUGGCCUGAGUAUUGAUUUCAUCUCUAUAUACUCUGGGACUUGUGAGUCUAGGACCAUGAAAAAAGAUGCUACGUUUAGAAAGAGACUAAGAAGGGGUUCCCGUCGUGGCUCAGUGGUUGAUGAACCUGACUAGUAUCCAUGAGGACUUGGGUUCAAUCCCUGGCCUCGCUCAGUGGGUUAAGGAUCCAGGUUGCCAUGAGCUGUGGUGUAGGUCACAGAUGCAGCUCAGAUCUGGCUUGGCUGUGGCUGUGGCUGUGGCCGGCAGCUGCAGUUCCGAUUCAACCCCUAGCCUGGGAACCUCUCUAUCCCGUGUGUGUGGCCCUAAAAAGACAAAAAAGAAAAAAAAAAAAGAAAGACUAAGAAGAGUUCCACCUGUGUCACUGUAGCCUCAGAUGGUUUUGACUCUAGCCAAAAGGGGAUGAAACAGGUUAAUUUUGAUGAACAUCCCAGAAGACCCUCAAGCUAGCCACAAGAGUGUGAACGAGCUGUGUCCUCCGUAGGCAGACCCCGCUGUGAGGUGUAGGAAUUAGCAUCUUCUUGACUCUGUGUCAGAUAGUCAUACACACAGCAGUGAAUGGAACCACCACGCAGACACCAUUUGUUUCCCCUUUUAGAGCUUCCCUUUAAAGUUUCUUCUGGGUCAAAAAGGUUCACAUCAACCACUUUCACUAGUCUCUUUCCAGCUGGCCUAAAGUGUUGACCUUUUGGGACCCUGAAUUUACUGGAAAAGGAAAGGGCAUCAUCCCCAGAAUCUCAGUGGUUGGAGAGUUGGAAAGUGGGUUUCUGUCUGAAGCAAGGUGAUUUCAUUUUGUUUUUGUGAGGGUAGCUUACUAAGAGAUUUAUGCUCUUUAGGGAGCAAGUCAUGGUGUUCAUUGCAUUUGAUUGUGAUCAUGGAGCCAUGAUGCAUGAGUCUUUGGGGAGUAAGCAGGGAACUGGUGUCUAAAACCAGUCACAGUUGGGUGCUUUCCAGCAACCCAAUAUAUGAUGAGUAUCCAUAUGGCCAAAGUCCUACUUUUCACACACGUGGGAUCCUGUCCCAAGGCUCUCAUUUCCACACAGCUGACAGACAGAGAGAGGAACUAGGCCCCCUCCAUUUCUCUCUGAUGUCUUGAUUGUUUAUGGUAUUAUUUAGCACUGGCAGCAUGGGAUCCAAGACCUCAGUGUAUCUGAUUAACCAGAAUUAAAUAACAGAGUGAGUUGAGUAGAUAAGGUGCUCAUCCUUGGUUGGAAAUAGGGUUGGAGAGGGAUUGUGACUUUUAGUCCCAUAUUGGGAUAGCCUGGUAACUCAUGUAUGACUGUGCAGUUGGAACUCUUGUUAACCUUACCAAGUGGGUGAAGAGGAUGUGACAAUGCUAUGCCGAUGAGGAAGACAAAUUAAUUGGAUUGGCUAAUGAAUAGAGCAGGCCCCCCAUUCUGGGAACUAGAUUCUGUUACCACUGAGAGUGGAAUUUUAGAGUGAGUGUGCAAUUCCCAGAAUCUGGCUUCAGAGCCCACUACAGGAGCCAGUCUUCUGUGGGCGGUGACUUUGGCCUUCUACAAAGGAGAACCCCCUGGGAGUUGUUCCUGGUGGCCUCUUCUCUGGGAAUGGGGGGAGGCACCCUGGCAAGAGCUGCCUUGGCUCUCCUGGUACCUGGUUAUGGUCAUUGUCGCUGCUUUGUUCUGUCCAGCUAGUCCAGCACCUGUGAGCACUCCUUUGACAUCUACCCAGUUAUUUAGGUAGUGAGGUUAGGGCAGGAUUUGGGACCCAAAGGAUGAGAGGAACUUCACUAAGUAUUGUGUGGCCACUGCCCCCUGUAGGGUGUUGCAUUGUCCCUGCCUGAACCACAAAGGCCAGAUAAAAUCCCUUCUAUUUUAAAGUUGUGUCACCAACCUAAGAAAACCCAAUUAAUUGCCUGAAGCCUUGAUAGUGGGAUUCAUUUACAAAUAGUCAUUCCCACAAAAACUAAGUCCAAAGGUACCAAGACUCUGGCUUUGAAAUUAUUUGUAGUCCCGGCCCCUGAUUUGAACUCAUGAUCCGAUUUCUAGUAUGUGUACUUUGAUUUCUUUUAGGCUCCUAGGCAUGUGGACCACUUAAUUUCAUGGCUCUUCAUUACUCUUAAGAGAUGAGGAAAAGGUACCCCAGAAAUCUAGAGAUAUGGGCUUUUUAAAAGUUAAAUUUCACAGUUUUCUGUCAUUUUUAAGGCAGAUGGUUCUGACUUAUCUAGGGAUAAAAUCAUAUAUGUAAAAUGAUUUCCAGGGGGCAAAAUGUAUUUUUUCUCAUGCAUUUCUCAAGUCCUGAUAUAGGGUCAUGGGCAUUUGUAAAGUUUGGGGUUGAAAUAUUAUAGCAUAUGGGAUUAUAGAAGAGCUCUUAGCUCACCUGUCAGUUAAAGGAGCUCUCUUUCUGAACGCUUCCUCACUCAGGUUUGAAAUGCCUCCUCUGUAAUGUUACCUGUGAUUGAUUGUUAGUGUUGCUUUUUAAGUCUAGGCAGGAAUCAUCUGGAAAACAUUAUCCUAAUUCCUCUUCUCAUGUCCUAAGCAGUAUAUUUUAGUAAGAAAUUCUGUAUUUGAGUUCCUGCUGUGGCACAGUGGGUUAAGGAUCCGAUUGCAGGGGCUUGGGUUGCUGCGGAGGCACAGGUUUGAUCCCUGGCCUGGUGCAGUGGUUUAAAGGAUCUGGUGUUGCUGCAGCUGUGGUUUAGGCUGCAGCUGCAUCUUGAUUCAAUCCAGGAAUUUCCAUAUGCCGCAGGCACAGCCAUAAAACAAGAGAGAAAAGAAAAGUAAUUCCAUAUUAAAAAUUUCACUAACAUCCCUUUCUGAGACUAUUGUCUCAUACAUGAAUUUGGCUCGAUCAAGCUGAAUUGUUGCCAUUUAGCCAUGUUCAAGAGCAAGGUAAGUCUGGAGAAAGCAAUCCAGCAACCUGUGACUCUGGUGUACCCAUUUCCCUUAAUAAUGGGAAGUGGUUUGAAAUUCCUAGAAGAAGGCUGCUUUGUGAUCCAAGUGAUGGAUUAUAAGAAAGACAGACUUUGGGUAAGGAUCAUUGGAAGAGAGGAGGUGCUUAAAUAUUUCCUAAACUAUAUGCCAUUUAGCUUCUAUUUCUGAAAUGUCUGCUUUGGUGCCAUAUAUUGAGAUCUAUCAGUUGACUGAAAGAUAACCAUGCUUUCUUGGUAAAUAAGCAAUUGGUAACCCAAAGGCAUUCUUUCCUUAUCAUUUUAUAUCAUGCACUGAUGCUGACAUUACAAAAAAAGAUCUGGAAGGGAAACAGCCACAGUCUUUUCUUUAAAAUACAGAGUAUCCCAAUCACUCAUUUAUUUUGGUCACUUUGUUUUAAAUGUUUCCCUUCAUGAGAAAUGCUGUCAAUAUCUCAUGUGAUUUCUAAGAGCUCUGAACCAAAUUGUUACUUGUUAUGUCCUGCUAAGUACUUUUUUCUUUAAAAUACCCUGUUUUACCACCCUGUGGCACUGAUGUGUUGCUGUGCUACACAGAUGACCCUGAGUUAGGGUUCCUGAAAUAGCUCAGUUCUUGUGUUUUUAUAUUAUGUAACAGUUUUGUGAUGCUUUUGUGCAUUCUUUGUCUUCUCUUCCAAGUUUUGAAAUCUGUCAUAAAUAAACUUUUUCACUAUGCACCUGAAA